AUGAGUAAAAGAAAUUUAGACGCUACUGAAGAGCUUAAAAAGAAGAAUAUUGAUGAAUUAACUCAAAAGUUAUCUUUAGAAAACAACGAUUGGCCAAUAUAUAAUCAUCCGAAUGGAGGAAUUAUCAAAAUCACUCCUUGGGGUUCAAUCAGACAAUAUGAAUCUAAUGGUGAGACUAUUACAAAAUUUGAAGAUAUGAAUUUCAGUGAUUAUGACUUCAUUAAUUUACCUUUACCAUAUAAGAACCAAGUGCCUCAACCUCAACAAAAUCCGUUUGGAAGAAAUUUGAAUACUAUGAGUUCUAUGAAUUCUUUGAGUAACAAUAGUGAUAAUUAUGAUAUGGAUUAUGAUGGUUAUCAAAAUGAUUACGAAUUACCACAAACUCCACAAUCCAUUAGAUUGAGUCCUAGUGAUGAAGCUGAAAAUUAUGUUCUCAAAGGAUAUUCUGAUCCCAAUUUUCAACAAGAAUAUAGUAAAGAACAAGAAAAUUACUUUGGAAUGAUGGAUGACAUAGAUGAUUCCAAUAAUGAUUGA